AAAGGAUUUUACGGCAUUACCUCGAGCGACAUGGCGUUGUUAACUGUUGCAGUGCUUUUGUGCGUCUACACUGUCACGGAGAGUGCCGGGGAAAAUGAAGAUAUCAGGAUCGCUGCACCAUCUAUAAUACGUUUGUGCCAUGACGUCAAACAUAAGCCAUUCUUCUGCCUGAUCUGCAACGGUUUCGACUUGUCCUGCUUCUCCCCUGCGGAAACUACUCUACGACCUACUGAGCCCUCUACACAACCCUCUACUACCGCCACAACCACUGCCGGCACAACUGCCGCUCCAGCCGAGGAUGCAAUGGAGUAGACAUUGCAAAUAUUGCAA